CUUCCAUUUUGUGCCCGCCGCCCUCCUGCGCCACCUAAGAACCUGACAUUCAGCCGGAACAAUCAAUGGAAUCUAUCAAGGAGGAAGCCGCACCGCUGUUACUCCAGCCCGAGUCAUGGGAGGUGCUUGAUAUCCCCACUGCCCUCGGUAUCAAGACACCAUUAUCGGACGUAAAACUCAAGCACUCCAGGUAUGACGAAAUUUGGAGCGAGGACGUGCACGCUGCAUUCAUGGAAGCCAUCUCCAUCUACCCGCCAAUGGGCAAGCGGCGGCUCAGAUAUGUACGUAUAUUAAAAGAAGAAGACCAAGACCAAAACGCGGAAUCGUCCCACCUCGUCAAGUCGUUCGGUCGCUGUCAACUCAUUCAGUCGUACAUACUAGAGAAGACCGGCAAGAAUCGCACUCGGAAGCAGGUAUCUAGCCAUCUUCAAAGGUUGAAGAAGAAGUACAAGAACGAUAAAACUAAGCGUGCAUUGUUCUUGGAGGUGUCGCAGCUAACUCAGGAGCAUUCUGACCGAGAAGAUUUGGCGUCCUCUCCCGGAGGAAUUCAAAGUCCAAACAUCUCCCUGUCUCUGUCUUUGUCCUCCAAUCACCCUUCACCCUUCGAUGACGUCGUCCGGGAUGGGUUCGAAGAACAAAAGCCGAGUGCCACGCCUGCCAAUGGAUCCUAUUUCACAUACUAUCACGUCGACAAUAGGCAUCACUCGUCGUUCUGUGAACGGGAGAAGGUAUCUAACUCUUCAAUGGUUCCACAGGUCGUACCGGCUUUGCCAAUGGGGGUUCCAACGGAAGGAAAUUCGGUCAGCACGGGUCCUGAAAUCUCCUUGUCUUUGAGACGACUCAGUAACAAGCUGUCCCCACUCACCCGACAAUCGGAAAUGCCCAAUGCCCUCCACUCUUCCCAAAUUCAUUGCUCCCCUGGAUGUCAGGUUCCGCAUCACGUUGUUACUCACGAUGAUUCCUUCACCAUGAUGGACUUUCAUCGUAACUACCCGUUGACUCCAGUAGACCAACUCCUGCACACUCCUUUGCAGCCUCCACAGAUCACGCGCCUCGAAAAGCGAAGGGUCGUGCCAGAGAACGUCGACGGAAGCUGGAACUGGCCGGUCAAUGCCGAUACAUCUGGCUCACCUGUGGACUCAGACUGGUAUGCCCCCCAUGCGCACACCGCGGAACCUUUGCUGUCAUUCCCAGAUAUGCGUGGCGCGCCUGCCUUCUACAUGGACUACAUGAGCGACUUUUCACCCAGAGACUUUUUUCCACUGGGUUUAUCGCACGCUCAACUGACAUGCCCUCACUUUCUUCAUGACCCGUGCGCUCAAGCGGAAGAACAACUCGCGUCCCCUCUUCUCAUCAAGCCGAUUCCCAUAUAUCCCGUCGCGUAUGCGCAUGCAGAAGAUCGUACACCGCAUCUAUCUCCCGACCCCGCUUUGUAACGCACCCGCAGUUUUUGUGUUUUUUUUUUGGUUCUUUGUAUUACUGUUCUUACGAUCACACAAACGCAUCAGAGCAUGGUCCGCAAACAUCGCAUCGGACACAUUAAUACCCAGCAAUUCGCACUCCUGUUGUAGUACUAGUACUGUUCUAUUACCCUUCGCUCAGCUUGUAUGCCCGGAUCAGUAAAUAGCAUAGACAUGUCAGCGCAACUGAAUGACUCAUUAAUAUUGAAUAUUGAUGUAGAGUGAA